CGAGCGCUCUACAGCCUGGACACUCUGCUCCACCGCUUCUCCUCUGUCCAUCAUGGAGUUCCUGCCAUUCAAACCCACGCACCCACCCUCCAGCCAUUACGGAGGGGAGAGGGAGCAGAUGCUGAACCUCAACCAACGCCUGGAGACCUACCUGAACCGCGUGAAACUUCUGGAUGAGGAGAACGCCAAGCUGGCCAAAGAGAUCCAAACGUUGAGAAGGAACCAUCACGGCAGCCAGGAACGCAGGAGGUUCAUGGAUGAAGAACUACGGUGCGCGAGAAGGGAAGUGGACACCAUGUGGAAAGAAAGAGUUUACGCAGAAGUGGACGUCGCCAGACUAGCCGAAGAGCUGCAAACUUUGGAUCUUCAGCUGCAAAGAGAGACCCAAGCUCACAUGGAAACCAACGCGAAAGUGGAAAAAAGCAGAAGAGAACUUGAGGAGGAACGGCGAGCUCAGAUAUGGUUGACGGAGAAGGUUAACCAGCUAGAACACGAAAUGAAAUCGCUCAUUCAAACCCAUCAAGAAGAGGUCGCCAACAUGGAGCAUAUGCUGAUGCAGACCAAGGUGAUGCCGACGACGAGGCCGUCCGUCCAGCAGGGUCCAUCUUUACUGGAGCUGGGGGAAGAGUACAACCUGAGAGCAGCGAGAGCGUGGCAGGAGGCGGCAGAGGCGUACCAGGGCCAGCUCGCACGUCUGGAGGAGUCCGUGAACGAGACCAGACAGAGGUUGGUCCAGGUCAAUAAGGAGAAGAGCGAGAGUGUGAUGAAGUUACAGAACCUGGACAGGGAGCUGCUGGGCCUGCAGGAUCUGAGGGAGCACCUGGAGAGCACGGUCGAACAGCAGAGGGAGAGCCACUGCCGCGAUAUACAAAUGCUGCAGGAGCACUUGGAGGCCCUGGAGAGAGAGAAGUACGCCCUGACCCAAAAGAUGGACCAACUUCUGCAGGAGAACAGGGGCCUGGCGCAGAUGAAGAUGUCCCUCAAUAUGGAGGUGGCCACAUACAGAGCGUUGCUGGACAAUGAGAGCCUCAAGGGAAACAUCACUUUGCAAAAGCAGUCUAGAAACAUUUACAGCAAAGAAGCAGUUUUCAGUCCAUGGGGAGAUCAUUACCAGCUGUCUCCAAGCCCCAAGACCACUUCCUCACCACCGCUCCGUAGCAUGAGUGGAAAGACAAAACCAACAGUGAUAACAGCCACACCAAUCCGCUAUCAAACAUAUGUGCCAAGAAGGGAAAAACUGGAAAUCUCAAAGGAAAAGGUUGAAGACAAUAAGGUUUUCCAGCAGCCAGAGUUGACUCCUUAUCCCAAAGUGCUCAAGGAUGGAGCUGUAGAGAAUUUCCGCCCCCAAGAGGUGAAUGAAAAGGUGACAUACGCUGAGCCGCUCUCUUCACCAGAUGAACAAGAAAAAACACUAGAUUUGGAGAAAAUUGCAGACAACUGGAAUGACACUGUUGAUCAACGAUCUGAGGAAAAACUGGAGUCAAGCCAAAAGCUCGAGGCCAGAGUGGAUGAAGCAAAUAUACAACUUUUCGAGCCAGCAAUAUCUGCGGAAUCAGGUAGUCUCUCUGUGAAAUCUGAGCCUAUGGAAAAGCAAAGUGAAAAUGAAGAAAUUGAAAAACCACAAGCACCAAUAGAUGCGUGGAUUGAGGAGGAAAUGGUUAGCCAAACGGAACAACCUUAUGUCAGGUCAAGUCUUGGUCAACAGCUUGAAUCAUCUUCUAACCUUGAAGAACCCAUCAUUGAGGCUACCCCAGAAGUGGUUGAGGAAGCUUUCACACAGGAAGUGAGCAGUGUUGUGGUCAAAGCUCAACAAGAAACACCUUUUGUAAAUGAAGCAACAGAAAAGCCUCAAGAACCAACUGAUGCAUGGGUUGAAAAGAAGUCUACAGAGGAAACGAAGGCUGCACAAGAACAUGUCGAGUCUUCCGAUUCAGAAACACAAGCAUUUGUUGAACCAAAUUUUGACACCAAGUCCACCAGUCCAGCCUCUGAAUGUGAGCAUGAAGAAUCUCUCCAAAACCAACUGGGUGAUAUUGUUCAAGAAGAAUUCAUCUUUGACAGUGAUCGUGCCCCAACGGUUGGUACCAGUCCACCCAAAGAGAAGUUGUACCCCGAUGGAGAGGAGAUGGACACAUGGGAUAGCGUCAUGGAACAAAAUCAAGGUCUGAUUGCUGAUGAUUUAGAACAAUCUCCUGAAGAAGGUUUGAAGCAACAUGCUGAACCAGAGGAGGACAUUUCAGCAAAAGAGGUACAACAUCAAAUGCAAGAAGUGAUGCCAGGUGAAGAGAUGCAAGCAAAGUUUGAACUAGAUACUGAAGAUGAAGGACAAAAGGAUUCCAUAAAAGAAGACCUUCCAGACAAAAGCGAAGAAGAAGAAGAACAAGAAGAUUCCCAAAAUGUCUCUGUGUCAUGGCAGACCGAGCUUGAGGGAGACAGCUAUGCCCAAGAUAACACCCUUGCAGACACCAGACCUCUGAUCAGAUACAAAAGCGACGAAACUGACGCCAACACGCAAGCGUCGCAUGCUGAUGAUGUCGAUGAUUCCAGUGAUGGAGAGCAAGACAAGAAAGUUGGUGAGAUGGGAAGUGGCACGUGGAUCGAGGAUCAGACCAGACGGUUCGGAACUAUGGAGGAUCUGUGUGAGGAGGCAGAAGGAGAGGUUUUGGAUGAGGAGUAUGAUCUAGAAUACCUUAGAAACGAUGGGAAGGAAGACAAAGAAGAAAUGGACACAUACACACAGGAAGAAGAAGAUAAGACACAAGAGGAAGUUAUAAAAACGAUGAUUGAGGAAGAAUUAGACACAGACAAACUUGUGGAACAGGAGUUAGAAAAUUUGACAACAGAAUGGUACACCACACAUUUUAUGCACCAGCAAACUAGUGAAAAAGACACACAGCAAAAUGAAACUUUUGCUGAAGAGCCAAUAGCCUGGGGUGAAGCUUUGGGAGACAUGCCAGAAUCCACUGACGAGGAAGAUUUUCACACAAAUGAAACUCUGGUUGAACCAAAAAGUGAUGAGCACUUUGAAGAAGAACCACAACAGCAAAAAGACAAAGUGGUCCAAGAAGUUCAAGAAACAGCUGAAGUUGAGGAGGAAGAUAAGCAUGAUGUAUCCAUGGUAACACAAUGCAACACUACAGAGGACAUUACUGAGUUUAGGCAAGAAUCAGUAUGGUCUUCCACAAGUCAAGAGCUGUCUUUUGAGAAUGUGUCUUUUGAACAGAAAGAACCUGAAAACAUGGGAGAGCAAGCAGAAGAGAAGAAGUCAAUAGACCAAGAUAUGCUCACUAAAGUUGAGGAGGAAGUAAAGCAUAAUGUAUCUAUAACACAUUGUGACACUACAGAGGUCAUUACAGAAGUUAGGAAAGAGCCUGAAAACAUGGGAGAACAAGCAGAAGAGAAGGACUCAAUAGUCCAAGAUAGGCCAACUACAGUUGAGAAGCACUCUGAAGAACCACAACAGCAAAAAGACGAAGUGGUCAAAGGAGUUCAAGAAUUGGCUGAAGUUGAGGAGGAAGAUAAGCAUAAUGUAUCCAUGGUAACACAUUGUGACACUACAGAGGUCAUUACAGAAUUUAAGGAAAGAGCCUGAAAAUAUGGGAAA